AUGCCAGUUGCCUGUGCAGCUUAUGGCUGUAGUAAUAGGCGUAAACCUGAUGGCGGGUUGUCAUUUUUUGAGUUUCCUUUGGGCAAUCCUGAGCUAUUAAAACAGUGGUUACAGGCAAUGAAAAUAAAACAAUUUACUCCUUCACAAUAUUCCAAAAUUUGUAGUGAACAUUUUUUAUGUAGUGACAUUUUAGAUAGACCUGGUACGUACAAAAAACAUUUAAAACCAGAUGCUGUUCCGACUGUAUUUCCUGCUAUGCCUUCAUAUUACCAACCAAUUCCUAAAAAGCCUAGACGUAUAGUUCAACGUACAAUACCAAAAGAAGUCACUGUAUUGAGAAGUAAUGAGAACCAUAAAGUUAUGUCAUCAAUUAAUGAAAAUAACACUGAAGUUGAAAAUUGUACAAGUGUAUCAACUGAAAAUCAAAACCUUACUGAGUCAGAUGUUAGUGAUCAAGGCAUUGAGAUGGUAAAAAUGGAACCAAGUAAAGAAACAGGUGAACCUAUGGAAGUAGAAAAGCCAUCCAUUGUUAAUAAUAAUCAUCUUAAUAAAAAGAAACAUUCUCAACCAAGUAUGUCAUCACCAGAACCUAAUGAUGUUAAGAACAAUGGGAGUAAUAAGAGGCGUAAGAAAUACAAUUUACGCAGUGAUGCCUUAGAAUCUUUGGAAUUACAAGUUCCCCCUACUUUAGGUGAGUUACCCCAAUGUAUAAUACAUAUAUCAGAAAAUGGACAAAAUCUCCAUGUAUUUUCUUGGAAAACAAAUAAAAAUUAUCUAUCCUACUAG